ACACACGUUAUGACUCUACCACCAGCUCGGAGUUACUGGGGGGAGAUUGGACACUGCACCACCCAAAAAAGCCACUUUUCCUGCACAUUUCUUUUUCCCAGGACGGCAGGAAAAGCUCUUGUUACUUCCAGUUAGUUAACGAAAACAAACGUUUGGCUAGGUUUCGCUCCAGGGAGCUUGCAAGGACAUUGCAAAAGAGUCCCCUGAACUUUGAACCACGCCUGCAAGUGAUAAACAGGCGGAGUAUAAAUAUCAGAGAACUGCAGCUGCUAACUAGAUAGCUAGAUUUGUUUUCCUUGCAUGGUGUAGCUGGAGAGAACAGAAGCGAAGUCGAGGAGCAGCCAAGCGAAGGGUGGGGCCCGGGUAAGUCUGUUGUUUCCUUGUCAAAUUCACUUUUCCGAUUUCUGCAGAAGUCAUUUUUUGUCUUUUUGUGUGUUGAAUCGGGAAUCGGUUUUAUAUAUAUUGUGCGCGCACAAAGCGAUACUUUAGUCUACAAAGUGUGAUUCCCCAAGUUUGCCUCCUCGGAGGGGGAGUUGUCGGGCUUUGGUUAUUUGUUUCCAUAAAGGGGUUUCUGGAAAAGAAUACAGUGUAUAUAUCCUUCCAGAAUGUAUCGGGUUCAGAGCUGCCGGAACAGAGGGGAAAAGGGGGGGAAAUCAGUUAAAGCUUGACAUUAACAGUGCAAUCCUAUGCAUGGUUAUUCAGAAGUAAGCACAGUCGAGUCCACUUUGCUCCCAUGAAAGUGUUUACAUGAUUGCAGUUUAAGAAGUCUAUGCAAUGGGCAUCCCCUCUCGUGCAGCCUUACUCACAAGUAAAUAUGCAUAGGAUCAGGCUGUUGUGCGAGUCCCGUGGUUUCCAAACGCACUGUAGUUUUAGUGGGGAUUGACAUCAACUGGCUUUUACUCAGAGUAGACCCAUUAAAACUAAUGGUGGCAGCUAACUUAGACCAGACCCACUGGAUUUAAUAGACCAGAGUAAAAGUUAGUUGAACACAACCUUGUACAUUUGAAAUAAAUACAAACGGGGAAUGAUUGCACACUUUGAAUUUUGACAUUUGUCUUAAUUAAAUUGAAUAUAGUAAACUUAAACAGCUGUGUGCUAUAACUGCAGUGGUUCCCAAAGAAAGGGAAAGGCGAGGGGUGGGGUGGGGUUGGAAUCCUUAAAAACAAGAAGUGGGACAGAUUUAUUGGGAGUCUGUUUAUUCUGCUGCUCUGGAGGAGCCAGGGGCAGGAGGCAUGUUCUGUGAUCGGUGGGGUUGUGGGUGGAGCAUUCAACUUGUUUUCUUUUCUUUUCUGCCAAAGCCCUGCCAUGUGGGUUGGCCUGGGACUUGCCCUGGCUCUCUGUCUCCUCCCAGGAGGAGGGACGGAGAGCCAGGGUACCAGCAGCCGUUGCAGAGAGGCUCCAGAAUGGCGAAUCGGGGAAGAAGAUCCUAUGCUGGAUUCCAGGGGUACCGUCACGGUGGUAGCCCUUCUGCAAGCCAGCUGAUUCUUGUGCCUGUUGCAGGCUUCUAGGUAAGGACAGCCUGUGUUUGCAUCUGGAUUUUUGUUGUCAAAAAUAAGAGGCACGUUUAUACAGGACAGAGGCAGGAUUUUCUCCUUAUUUUCAUUCAGAUUUAUGGUGUCUCUACUUUUCCAUGACUCCCAAAAAUGUUUCUGUUAUAAAUGUUAUUUUUGGCUCGCAAACUGAAACUUCUGGCUUCACUGCUUGGAUUCUGUACUGCUGUUUGUAAUAACAAAACUCCUCCUAUAAACUUCAUUCUUCGUUUUUGGAUUUCAUCCAGAGCUUGGAUGAAACAAAAGCAAACCAGAAAGUGCCCAAGCAACAGAGCACCACAUGUUUUAUAGGGAUUAUAUAGCAGAGGUCAUUAGUGCUUUCAUGACUUCAUAGUUCUCUUGCACACUGUCCCAUUAUAAACUUCCUUGGCUAGCUUCAGGGGGACAUCGAUCCAUUCCACUUCUCAUAUGUAUUGUUUCUUUAGUAAAUAAAAUACAGCUGUUCAGAUAUUAGGAGUGUGAAAGUCCACAGUGCCCUGCAUUCUUCAGAUUGGGGUGAAUGACCUCCAAAGCCUUAUACUGUAUGAGGGGGCGGUGGGAGACAGAACUGCUGAUGUCUUGCAAAAGAGACCCAGAUUGUUCAGGCUGCAGUGAGCAAGGAAAACCUGAGUUGCCAAAUUAACUUCUGCUUUUCCAGUUUAUUGUCCUCCAAGGACAAUUUGCAGCUUCUGUGACAGUUACAGAAAAGAGGAGGAAAAUGACCGAUCCAUUUGCACAUUAUCUCCACUUUUAAAAAAGCAGCAUAUUGCUACUAAUUUUCAAGCAUUAGUACAGUGCUUUUCGAGUAGGGGAUGGAUGAAUGAAUGAAUGAAUUUAUUAAUACGGUCACAGACCAGCGUCAACACACACAAUAUCACAGAUCAUAAAAAAAAUAUCAAAAAUACAUAGGACAAUAUGAGUAUAACAAGCAUUUAAAUAUAAAAAUUAAAAUUAAUUAUUAGCGUGCCCCUGUAAUUAAUAUUUGGGGUUUGGUCAUUAUGGGAUACCACUUGCUUCCUGCGAUUAAUUGCAGACGCACAGAAUUUGGCUACAUUUAAUGUAGUCUUGGGAUUCUUGUCCUCUAGCAGUAGUUUUAAACUAUGGUGUUCCGAUUCUUUCCUGGACUUUUGCAAAACAGGUGUAAUAAAAGUGAAACGUAUAUCCUCAUAAAGACGACAACGUAAUAGUACAUGUGAAGCAGUUUCAACUUCCAACGAGCCACAGGGGCAGACCCAUGCUGUGUAUGGUUUAUCCUCAAAUCUGCCCUGAAGUAAGGCAGAAGGGAGAACGUUGAAUCUGGCGAGGGUAAAAGACCGUCUGUAUUUGGGUACCUGAAGACCUGACAGAUAGUUAGCUGGAGAGAAACCUCUCCCAUGGUCCCUUAUUGCAGGAUGUUUGAUCAUUUCGCUCAUGUGGCAUUGUAAUUCUACGUCCCAGAUACGCUGGCGAAUUGUAGUCCUAGCUUUCUCGAAGCCUGUCGCUAUCAGGGUCUGCUGUGGGAUCCCCAAGCCUUUAAGCUUUUCCAGCAGUGUAGCUUUCCAUUUGGAUUGGUAGGUAUCCAAUAAGGUUAAAGGUGCCAGCCCAACCGGGAAGAAAAUAAGCUUUAGCCAGUAAUGGAUCUUCAAUAUCCAUAUCCGAGUACUGAUAGGAAUUUGUCCAACCUCCAAACGGACCGCUAUGUUGGAUACGCAAGAGGGGAUCCCCAGCAGGCAGCGGAAAAACUUAGUUUGAAAUGCCUCUAAGAGAGUAAGGUUUUUAAAGCUGCAGAUCAAAGGCUUUUUUGGCAGACACAUGAAAAAGCUUUUAGAAUGGCAAUUGCUUUUGUUUUUACUUUUAACACAACCAAUUAAACAGUAAAGUGAUUUGCCAAGGACAUAUUUUAAAAUCUUAAAUUAUUUGAGUAGGCAAGAACCACGUUUGUCCCAUAUGGCAUUAAAAUCUUCACAUGCAAUAAUAUUAAUACCACUUGGCCAAAUGUUCUGUUUUCUAAUCACAACACGCAAGCAAACUCCAUUGCAAAUACCUCCAGAGCCACAUACGGUAUGUGGUAAUUUGAAGUAUCCAUAAAAGGUCAGUACACCCUAGAAGAAAGCAUACACAACUAAUAUUUUACAGUUAUGUUGUUUUAUGCUGAUCACUUGUUUUAAAUUAUAAGUUGUCCAGAGACAAAUAAAUCCAGUAAUAACAGUGGGAGUUUAUAGAUUCUGAGAAGCCACCAUUUCAUCUUAACAAACAAUAUAAACUGUCCUGAAGGAGGAUAGUGCACUUAAAAUAUUCAUUUUCUCUCUGUGUGUCUCCUAUUAGAUUGGAAGAUCUGCAACUGAAGCUUGAAAGUGAUGGCUUGGUAAAUGUUUCAUUUAUGGUGAUCAAUCACCAGGGACACCAUUCCCAACUGAAGUAUAACCAGCUAAGAGAGAAGGUUUCGGAGCACAUUCCUGUAUACCAGCAGGAUGCAAAACAACCUGAUGUCUGGACUACACUAAGUGGAAAGAAGGAUGACUUCCUCAUCUAUGACAGGUCUGUAUAUAAAAGAAAAGCUAGGAGAUCUAAAUGAACCUCAUGGGGCAAGGUUUUCCAUAGCACUGAGGAGAAUAGGGCUGAGAAUGCCCUGCUUCCCAUCCAUAUCAACCUUAUUUCCACCAUAAAUGGGAUACUAGGUUGUAACCAACAGGUACAUAGAUAGCUGUAUGUUAGGGAGAAGAGUUCUAGCAGCUUAGCUGCCCCUUGCACAUGCUACAUUUUAAUAUAUAGGUAUGUGUAUUGAUUUUGAAAAUAAGGAAGCACAUUCAUUUAUGUGAGUCCCCAUCUGCAACCCAGACAUGGGUUUAUUGCCUCGGGACAAACUCUGCUGCUCUUGAAGGUUUUUCUUGGCAGAGAGCUCCCUGUACUCUUAAAAGAGGCUUGAGAAGUGAGAGGGUGCCCGGAUUUCCACAGAAACAUGCUCACAGGGAGAAAAAGUGUCAUGAUUUGCUGUUGUAAGAGCCUGUGCAAAUGGCAUUUCCACCCCUGCAACCUAGCUAUAUAGGAUUGAGGCACCUGUGAAAUGCUUGCAGUAGAUUUUUUAUGGAUUAUAACAGAACACAGGACAUCUAGCACAACAGAAAUUCAUUUCUCAUUUCCAAAAAGCUCCACGUUAUGGGUGAUAAUAAACUUAAGUUUUAUUCCAAGUAGAUGCAUUGAAAUUAAUGAAUGUGACUAAUAGUUGAAUACAGUACCAUGAAUGUAUUUCACAUUGAUAUUAAAACCUGGGUAACUUUCUUUCUAGGUGUGGCCGUCUAGUGUAUCAUCUUGGUUUGCCUUACUCUUUUCUGAGUUUUCCCUAUGUGGAAGAAGCCAUUCAGAUCACAUACUGUGAAUCCAAGUGUGGAAACUGCUCUUAUCUGGUACUUUUGGGUUUUUUUUUAAAACAAUAUUCUUUUCCCAUUGUGUGUGUAUGUGCAUUUAAUUGAAUAAACAGAAACCUAAUCAAGCAUGUUUUACCAGAGCAGUUUUAGCUUAGAUUCUGAACGUGAUUUUUGAAAAUUUUGAAAGGUCUUGGCUGCUAUGGGCUUAAUUUGUGGUGGAAACCUGCUGUAAUGCAUACAUCCGAUGUACUCCCACACCAUUGGAUUCUAACUUGCAUAUAACCUACUGCUGAACCAUUGUGCAGGCACGUCUUGACCAUCUCUGGAGCUAAGUAUGGGAGCCCUCCUGAAACCCAUUUGGAAGCUCAUUGGAAAGCCAGGAUAACUGAAUAAAUAAAUAAAAUGAGUGGGUUGUAGCCAAUGAAAUCCUACUUACAGUAGUCUCACUUAAAUUAAUGAACCUAAGUUAGUCCUGUCCAUUGACUUCAGUUUGUCUACUCAUACUAGGGCUAGCAUGGGGUACAAACUUUUGGCUCUACAACCAUCAUGCAAAGUCUCAUCUUCUUAAUGCCUCCCGCAUGAUACCAAAGAGCUGAAACCUGCAUUUUCUUAACGAGUUUCAUGUAGAUCGUAGUAUCGUGAAAUUUUACAAGUUGCUAUGGAGAGAGAAAAUUGUUAAAUGCUUUACCACCAUUCAAUAUAAGUGCAUUAAUUUGAGGGUUGUAAUUUUACACAGCAGGUAUAUAAGAAUCGGCUAAUAUUUUGCAUAUGUAUUUAAAGAGUAGACAUUUCAGUAGACAUACCUGUCUACUGAAACAGGGUGCAUUUAUGUUGUCUGCACUUUUUCCUUCCAGACACCAGAGAUUGAAGAAAUAUGCAGGAACAUUUCAAAAAAGCCAGAUGAAAAGCCAGAAGAGGCAGAACCACCUCCCUCUCAGCACGACCAGUCACCUCCCCUUGGCCAUCAAGGCCAGAAACCCCAUCACCGUAGACAUGGACAUCGGCAGAACAACCGGCGCCAUCAAAAUAGAGGCAGUCAGGCAGGUAGUGAGGAUGUUGUAGAAGCUGCCUCACAGCAACCAGCUGUGGAGGAUUCCCCCCAGAGAAAGAGGCUUUGACGAAAGGGGAAUGCUAUUUGCCAGAGGCAGUUGAGCUGAAAGUGGCAGGAGCUGACAAGGCCCACUACAGGUAACUGAUGUUGACAUUGUCGGCACUUGCUGUUUGAAGAUCUAAAUAGCAUAGCCUCCUGACACUGUCGUGGUGAGCUCCCAUCUUCCUGCAGGUGACGUGGGCAGCUGUUGGCAGAGAAUGUCACUGAGUCUUGCCAGUGACGACUGCCAACGGCUGCUUGACAGCCAGCAGCAGCAGCAGGUGAGCUUGCAGCUUCAGAUGCCUGACAGUGAGUAGAAAGGGCAGAAAUCUGAGCCUGAAAAACAAACUAAGCAUCUUAAGACACUAGGGAAGAGUCCUCAAUGUAGAAUGCAUUCAUUGAUAAUGUAGGCAUUGGUAUCAUCAGAUUUUUCCAAGUUGAUUGGAAGCACUUAUUGGCAAGAGCCAAAGAGAGUUAAAAUACAUUGAGUGACUAUUACAUCAGUGAGCUUCCCAUCGGGUACCGUUAUGUGAAUGUCUGAAAGAAAGCAACUUACGCAGCUCAGUCCACGAACCAAUUAAGCUGGAGUACUUGAGUUUCAUGUUUUGCAACUGUAGUUGAGUGCUAUUGCUUAAUUGGCUUUGUACUGAGUUGUUUGGGUAAGCUGAUUUGCCUUUAAAAACAACGAAGGAAAUUCUCGUAAUGGUACAGAUUUUUGUUUUUCGGUGCCCAUUUAAAGUGUUUGCUACAUUUAGUUACCUCAUCUUUAUGGUUUCCUCUUCUACCAUUCUGUUUGCAUUUGUGAAGACAGAAGCAUAAACUAUAACCUAGGGGCUUCUGUUUGAUGUAUAGCAACCAAGAACAGGGGAGGAGAAUAAAGAUGUGUUAACUACUUAAAAACAACUCUGGGGUUUUUUUUAAAACCAAGUAAAUAUAUAAAAAUGUGAAUUUCCCCCCACUAAAACUUUAGAGCCACUUAAUGAUCAAACUGUAUUGUAGAAGUUGAUGUAAUUUUAAAGUUUGUGUGUGAUGGCUGAUAUUCCAAACAAAGGGAUUUGCCAGAAUUUCUAACACCUAAGUAAUAGAUUUUGGACAGGCACAUUUAAGAUCCUGUGGCAAGAAGAUUAGAAUAGACCAUGAAUCUUUUUGUGUUUUUGUGAAAAUCUCACCAAAGCUAAGUAUCACAGCUGUUUGGGGUGCAAGGUGAAGCUGUGAUAGAAUGAAACAUGGAACAGGGUCAAAAACAUCUGUUGAUCAGAUUUAAGUCUUGAACAAUCUAUCUCAUAGUUCCUGUUGGUUUGUCAUUCUUGUACUGGUUUUGGUUACUUUUAUAACAGAUUAAUGAAGCUUGUAUGUUUCUCUUUAGCUAAAUAUUAUGUCUCAUUGUUAACACCUUGUCUUUCUGAAAUGAAUUUUUGAAUGUUUGUGUGUGGAGGAUUUAGGCAUGAAAGAAAAUGUUCAACACAGAAACUGCUUAGAUGGUGCUUGCUAUAGUUCAUGAUGGUUUCAUAGGGAAAGUCACUGCCCUACAAACUUGAAUUUUUUUUAUGGUGAACACUUGUUAAGCAUGAAAGUAGUUAGGAAUAUAACUGGAAAGCAUGUUUUGUUGAUGAUGGAUAAGAGAACUUUUAAUAAACCAAAACAAGCAAUUAACCUCUUGUGAUACUUGUCAGUUACACUUCCUAAACAGACAACUUGUGUUUUCAUGUAAUUCUCAAAACUGUCAACAUUUGAAAUGGACACCUUCACCUUUGCCAAGCCUCUGUUCCAAGUUUCUGAUGGUAUUACGGAGAACUUCAAUUUCUUUAUUCUUCUCUUCUUGAAGAUGCUGAAGCUUCUGCAAAGAUUAAAGCAAAUGCUUUAUUUCCCAUUAGAACUUGGUUCCAAGAUAGUGUAUAUAAACAAAGGUGUCAUUGCUUUUGAAAAAAAUCUACAAAUACUUUUCAAAAGUUUGUAUGUAUUAUAUGACAUCCAGGCACUGAGUCAGCUUGGUGGUCCCGCUGGAAGUUAGAGCACUUAAUUAACUCCAUAGUUUUUGCCUAAAACAUAGCACAAACAAUGAGGACGAGACCUAUGAUAAGCACCUCCUGAUGCUCAAAAGUUGCUACAUUUCUUUCUGUACCCAUCUUGCCACUUCUAUUCUACAGCCAAAAGAAUUUUAAAAGGUUCAUUUAAUAAUUCUGCAAAGCCUGAAAUUAAAAAUACCACAACCAGGGUACAUUAAUUAUUGCAUAUUUUUCAGUGUUACAGAAAUGGAUGGGAGUUGCAGACAAUGUCACCCUGAUGCAUGUGUACACAGUGCUUACAUGUCAUUAAAAAUGGGGAGUGCAUAUAGAUCAGGUCAGUCUUAAAAAUGAACAGAGAAGCCAUUUUAGAUAGGGGAUUUUCCCAAUGGUUGGCACUCCUCAGAGGAAUAGGAGAACUGGGCCCAAUGAGUUACACUUUCAGAGAUAUUAAUAUAUAGGGAUGAGGGCAAGACACAACAUUUAAAGUCAAAUCUCAUUGUCAGAAAUACUGUGCGCCAUCCAGUAUUUAAUGAAACCCAGACAUUUAAGAUAUUAGAAAGUGCUGGAAAACAUACCCUUCUGUAAAUGUUUUGAGGCAGUGAAGUGGGAUUUGGAUAGGACUUAGGCAUUUUGGUCUGAAGCUUUACCAAUUCAGCAUUGAACUGAAACAAAAACACAUGUUAGUAUGUUGAUAAUGGGGAAAAACCUAUACAAAUAUUUCUGCUUUAACUAUUCUUGAGCCAGUGUGGUGUACUGGACUAGGAUGGAUGAACUCCAGGUUUAAUCCCCACUUAGCCAUGAAGCUCAGUGGGUUACCUUGGGCCAAGCACCCCCUUGGGCCUAAUCUACCUAAGAGGGUUGUUUGGAAAACUCUACAGUUUUGUUCACCACAAUGCAAGGAGGAUACUGCAGCUACAAAAGGGUGACCAAAAUGGAGAAACUUGCAUGAGAAAAGGCUACUUGGAGCUAUUGGACUUGGGGGCUUCCAAAGGGAUAAGAGAGAGGUGCAAAAAUUAUGCAUGGUGUUGAGAAGAUUAUUACACAGUGCAUAGUUAAAUUCUGGACGUUGUUACCAUGAAAGAUAGUAAAGGCUACCAACUUGGAUGGCUUUAAAGGGAAUUAAACUCAUGGAGGAUAAAGCCAGUAAUGGAUACUAACCAAGAUGGCUGUACUACCUACGUAUCAGAGAUGGUGCAUCUCAGCACCCCAGUUGCUAGGGGACAGGAGUGGGAGAGCAUUGCUAUACUCCAAUCCCGCUUGUGGACAUCCCAUAGGCAUGUGGUUGGCCCCUGUAGGAUCAGAAUGCUGGACUAGAUAGACUUUUGGUCUAAUCCAGCCGGGUACUUCUUAUGUUGUUAAAUGUAAUAUCAAUUUAUUGGCUGGGUCAUGCGUGUUUUGAAGUUUAUAAUUAAAUUCAUAGGCAGCAGUAGGGAAAUUUGCAACCAUGUGACAAAAGAGGGUAAGGUAGAUAUUAAAACAUUCAAAGUAUGAGUACAUUUUCAGUGCUGCUAGGAGCAAAACAAAAACAAACAAACCACCUCAAAAUAUUUUUCUUGCUCCCACUGCUUUUUCAGAAGUAUAACAAGGAAACAAAAAUUAUAAGCAACAUAAUUCUAAUAACUCAAUCUGAAACUCAUUUAUUUAGAUUACAUCUAAUUAAUUUCAGUGGAAAUUAUUCUCAGUUAUGGCAGAAUAACAGCCUGCUAUAAGGCUCUUAUAAUUUAUCCAGUAAAACAACAAGUUAUACUUCCUAUUCACAAGUUACAACUUGUAUUUGCAUAUACUUCUUUAUAAAACAGACCCAAUCUUUUAUCUUCUGGCUUCUAUCUUGAGUUUCUAGUGCAUACUGUACCUCUAUUUGCAAUUUGAUUAUCUCAUCCUGUUUUUCUUUUCUUGUGCUCUGAGUUGUUUAGUUAAUUCUAAAAUCUCCAUAUCUUUUUCUCUAUUAGUAGUUUGUGCUCUUUCUCCAUGGCUUCAACUUGAACAAAAUUUAAAUAAUGUAAAAAUUCAUUACAUUUAAUCAAAUGGCUUUAAGGUGAUGAUAAGCUGUACGUUUGAAAAUGUUACUCAAAACAUUUGCAAGAAAAGCUGGGAUAAUAAAUAAGAAACUUUUUAAUUUUAGAUACAAAAAAAAUCAACAUGUAAACAUUAAAAAAAACCUUGGAGGAGCAGAUUCAUCGAAGAUGAUGCCAGUUAAUGCACAACAGUUUUAGGGGAUCCAGAUAAGCUCGAAUUUAUCCACCAUAGUUAAUUCCGAGACUACUGUUCAUUAGUGAAAAAGAACUACCGUAUGUAGUACCAAAAAAUUUGCUUUAAAGUAUGAGAAAUCUCAGCAUCACUCACAUAUAGUGUACACAAUUUAUGCUUACAUUUUUUAUUCAUGUCAUUGUGCAGCUUCCAUUGUUCAAGCUUGUGUUCCUCCUCCUUCUUUUCAAUUUCUCUCAUGAGUCUAUCAACCAUAUUUUUAUGUUCCUAUAAAUUGAUUUAAGCAAGCUUUUGAAACAAAACACCCAAUAGCCAAAUUCUCUAGGUAGUUUAAAAUGACAAUACAAUUAAAAUCACGAGACUAUAUAAUGUAGCAUAAAGCUUCCCAGCAGCAGAGAUGAUAAAACAAUAAGCAACUGAUCUGUCUAAAUAGAUUUCAGUUGCCACAAAAUUCCCUGAAUCCUCUUUUUGACAUGUAUUUGAACUACCAACACUCCUUUCAGAAUUAACUUUGGAAGUAAUGAAUUCAUUCAGAGGCCAAAGAACCCAAGGUUUCAAUUUAUAGAACAGGAAUAAUGCAGCCUCUCCCAUCACCUAGUUUACAGUGACAAUCCUUUAAAGAAACCAGUCCUUUUUAGCUCAAUAGGUCUUACUUUAAGAGCACAUAAGAUCACAACUUUAGCUGCAACAACUGGAUUUAAGUUAAUUUAACCCCCAGAGUAUGGGCCCAAUUCACACACCACAAAGCUUGUUUGCUUUCCCACUCCUUCUGUAAAAAUAACUAUACUUGCCCAACUAUCUGUGGGAUUGCAGAACAGAAGGAAGGCACACUAUGGUCUCAUUCACUAUGGCUAAUCCAUCCAUUGGCUAGAGGGCUGCUGGGAGAUUGUUGGUUGCAUUUGUACCUCCCAGGAACAUCAUGCCAAGGACCUAUCCACUGGUCAGAGAGGAGUAGCCAAACAGGAGUUUACUCUGGGCUCUCAGCUGGAAAAACACUUGAUUCCAACUACCAGUUGCCUUCAGAUUGCAGAAGUGAAGGAAUCAUAGCAGCCUGAGGAAAUGAGGCUGCUGGAUCAGUUGCAGCACCUCUAUCCAAGCAAGAUCACCAGCAAGGGAAGAUCUGUGGGAUAACGAGCCUCAUAUAACCAGCAUUCUUAAGUAGAAUUAAUGCACGAAGGUGUUAAUACCAUAGAGUAAGUUGUCCCACCAGGCUUAGCUAUGUCACUUCCCCUUACCUUGGGAGAAUAUAGGUAACCAAGCCUUUGUUACCACCCAGUCUACCUGUGAACUUGAUGUGUGAGGAAGUCUGAGGUGGUUGCUCCAAUUCAGCUGCAUGGCUUUCACCAGCCUCUCUUGUGUUCCUUUACCAACCGUUUGGGAACUUCUACCAUGUUUUAACUAAGCCAUGUUUUACUGCCUGUGCAACUUUUCUGACUGAUUGCAGCCUUACUCCAGUUGUCAGUGGAACAAAAUUACUUUGGCUGAACUUGUUUGCAACUUACAACUUGAAAUGAAACUUGAAAAAAGACUUAGAAAAUGUAAAAAUGCUAUAUGCCACAUCAGACUACUAGACGAACUUCUUGAUCAGGUGUCUUUUCAAGCCCUUUUAAUAGGGGAUGAACCUGGGUUUGCAUUCAAAGCAUACCGUGUGACUGUGACUGUGGUCCUUCCUUUCCAAAACGAAGAUUACACACUUGCAAUUUAUUGUUGCUAUGCAGGAUUAAUCGUAUUGAAAUGGUUGUGACUUCCACCAUGAUUGUAUAAUGCCACACGGAAUGAAUCAGUUAAUAUAUUACCCUGCUCUUUUGGAUAGAUACAUGGGAACAAGUGUUUGUGAUGUCAGAAGAUGAGCCAGAAACAAAUUAAGACCAAGUAUUUGAAACCAACACUCUAAUCUGAUUAUUGUCAAGUAGCUCAUAACAAUGAAGAUGACAAUGCCGAUAUAAGGGGGGGAAAUCAAAAUGAGAAAUUGUCAAAAGACAACUCCUCUCUCUAGAAAGUAGGUUGAUUCUCCAUAUAGUCUUCCAUAGAAAGAAACCUAAGGUUUUGAAGAUGAAUGCUCUCACCUGUUCAUGGGAUUUUAGUUUCUCUUCUAAAUUAUGAGCUGUGUUCUUCAGUCUCUCACUUUCAUCUGUGUAAGGGAAUUGUUGACAGUCAGACUGCAAGAGAAAUUUUGUACAUGUUCUGUACG